CACAUGCAAGACUAACGCUACCGAUACAUGUGUUUCUGGCCAUAAUCGCUAACGUUGUAUCAUCUAAUCAAACAGUGGUACGGAUAUAAUUGCUAUUGUCGCUUACUUUCCAUUUUUGAGAUUUAAUUUUCUCUGAAAGCUAUUCACUCUUGUCUAGUAAUCUAAUAUGGCUACUUAUUAUGAUGUAUGUAAGAAGAUACUAGUUAGAUUUUACUUGUCAAACUAUUUUUCCCUCAGAAAAGCACGGAAAUGUUAAUUAAACCUGGCGUAUUUAUUUACAUGGCUCUGAGGAUUAUUCGUGGCUGGAUUACAUACAGCGUUCGUAUGCUUUGACAAAAUUCCUCCCCGCCUAGCACAUUUUUUGUGUCUGAUAUCAUCCUUAAUUUUAUGGAGAUAAUUCACUCUCAGAUAACCGGAUUACUCUGAACAGCAGCAAUAUACCUGACUGUUGCUAGACUUACAAGAUCAUGUUGGAAUCACUGCAAUCCAGUUUAUAUUAUUGACACUACUAUUACAAUAAUUCUCUGUACCAGAUAAUGAGUUACCCAUUCUAGACUUCACUGCUCUCAUUGUGCUUUGUGUAUUGCAUUGUGAACUGCAACAAAUGAUCACUAAAAUAUAGGUUGACUUUAUGGCUACUUUAUUUUUGAAAGAACAUCUACUUAGCAGUGCAGUCAAAGUAAAAGGAUCUAUAUCAAGUGUACCAGUCAAAACAAUUCAGUAAAAUCCUAACUAUGCAAUCAGUUUCGACAAAUCUCUUUUAUGGUUCAUUUGUGUCAUGAAAACUCAAGUCAAGGCCCAGUUAAAAUUCUAUAUCUAGAGGGGAGAAAUAUGGGUCGUCGUAGACCAGCAACACAGUGUAGACAACAUUUUAAUUCUGAAAUGAAGCAAAAUGAUCUGUUUGAGAAGUAUUACAAGGAUCAAGGGAUCGUUCCUGAGAGUGAAUGGGGAGUUUUCACUAGUUAUUUACAAAGAGACCUCCCCAUUACGUUUCGUGUCACAGGGUUUCGAAAUCAAAACAAAGAGUUGCUACGACUUAUUAAGCAAAAAUAUCGUAAAGAUAUAUCCGAGAUGCAGCAGUCCAUGAGUGUGGAAAAUGAAAACACCGGUACUUUUGAUCCACUACUCUGGUAUCCAAAUGAGAUGGCAUGGCAGUUGGGUGUCAGUAAGUAUGCAGUUCGGAAAACGGAAGAACUCCGAACUUUGCAACAGUUUCUAGUUUCUGAGACGGAGUCGGGUAACAUUAGUCGUCAAGAGGCUGUAAGUAUGCUACCUCCUCUUCUUUUGGAUGUGCGCUCACAUCACACUGUCCUUGACUUAUGUGCUGCUCCCGGUUCUAAAUCUGCUCAACUCGUUGAGUUAUUGCACUCUGAUGCGGAAUCCAGCUUACUAAAAGGGGGACCAGAGAAUGCCCUCCAGUAUGUCGAACCUACAGGAAUGAUUAUUGCAAAUGAUUUCGAUCAGAAAAGAUGCUAUAUGAUGGUUCAUCAGGUAAAGCGUUUACAAAGCCCUUGCGUUGUAAUUACUCAGCAAGAUGCAACGUCCUUCCCACGUCUUUAUCUAACACUGAUGUCUGAUGAGAAGACUGAUCAAGGAGAUCUACAUCAAUUAUUAUUUGAUCGUAUACUAGCAGAUGUACCGUGUAGUGGCGAUGGGACACUUCGUAAAAAUCCUGAUCUGUGGUUACGGUGGUCUCCCAAUCUGGGUAUUGGUGAACAUCCGUUACAAUGCAGAAUUUUAAAGAGGGGUUUGGAGCUGUUACGUGACCCAGUUGGAGGUUCUACAGACUAUUCACGACUUGUGUACUCUACCUGUAGUUUUAAUCCAGUGGAAAAUGAGGCUGUUGUGGCUAGCAUACUACAUGCUUGCCAGGGAACAGUUCGUUUAGUUGAGCCAGAUCUUCUAGAAUGCGUAUCACUGAAUUCCGAUGAAAACAAAGGUUCUGAUGUGCGAAAAUUUAAGGCAAGACCUGGAUUGACCAGUUGGCGUGUGAUGGACAAGAAAGGAGUUUGGUUCACAUCCUAUGAGGAAGUUCCUACAGGUCAACAGAAUCAUCUACGUCCUUCUCUGUUUCCUCCAAUUAAUGUAACAGAUCUUCAUCUGGAACGUUGUAGGCGUGUUUUACCACAUGAUCAAAAUACUGGUGGUUUUUUUAUUGCUAUCCUAGAGAAAAUUGCACCAUUACCUUGGAUUAAUACUUCAAAACGAGAUAUCCCUGUUAACGGCAACAAAAUUAAUCAAGCAGAUACAGAAUAUGAAGAGAAAGAUAGUGAUUUAAGUGAGAUUGACUCGACACAUGUAACUAAGAAGUCACGAAUCUUUCAUGAGAGCCCAUUUACUUACAUUGAUGCUAGUACUGAUUCUACUUGGUCAAAAAUUCGAGAUUAUUAUCAGAUUAAAGAUAAGAUGAGUGAUGAUACUAUGUCUUCUACAUCAUUGUUCUGUGCUAAUAAUCUACUCUCUCGUUCUGGUGUCGAAGGAAAUCGUUGCCGUUUUCUAUACUAUACAAAUAGUCUCAUAAAGAAUAUGGUGUUGACAAAUAUGGAUAGAGGAUUAAAAAUAGUCAAUACAGGUGUUCGAAUGUUUGCUUCAGUGGAGGAUAAACAGUUUGAAGGAUAUCGAAUACUUCAAGAUGGUGUUGAAGUGAUUGAUGCCUAUAUUCCUUUAUCAAGUGAUCGUCGUAUUCGUCUUACACCGAGUGAGUAUUCUGAUCUAGUGAUACUGUUAGAGUAUGAAAUGCCAUUAUUUAGUCUUAUGACUGAAUCAACACGUCGUCAAUGUGAAAAUAUAUCACCUGGCCCAAUUCUACUUGAUUAUACUCCUAAUUCUGCCGACAUAAUUAAUAAUGAUCAAGCGUGGACAUCUGACAGUUUACCUCGUUGCAGAUUGGUAUUUACUGGCUGGCGUGGAGUAAAUAGUAUUCGGCAUUAUAUCGGACGAUUUGAACGAUUACAUUUGAUGAGACUGGCCAAUAUUGAACCUAAGCCAUGUAUCAUGGGUCAUACAGCUAAACGUUCUACAUCUCCUGAAACUUCUGAAAUCAAUGGGGAUACUGCUUAGUUUGUACAAUUGUACAAAGCUGAUGAACGCUAUCUACCAAUUAACACGUGUCUAACUAGAUAAACAGAAUUUCAGAAAAUGUUUUUCCCGCUUGAUUUCUUGUAUAAAAAGUUUCUAUGUA